ACCCUAUAGACCCGUAACCGUCUGCUCAAAGGGGGGAUACGCAGAGCUAUAUUAUUCAAGCCAGUCAGUGUGCCGCUUUAUGCUUGCAUAGUCUCAUUCACAAUGGUUUCUCUUUCACUUUCAUUGGCAGUAACGUAGAGGCUGUGAAAUAAACCAAUAUUCCUCGAAACUGAAUUUUAUCCUAAAUUGUGAAGAUUACCGUUGAACUCCAGCCAUCAAUUGUGUAUACAAUAUGUAAAAUUGAACAAGGAAUUGUAUGUAAAUAAAACAUCUAAAUGCAUUUGAAGGAUUUUUAUACAUUCGCUUCAAAUUAAGCUAUUUAAGUAUUUGAAAGUCGAAAAGUGUAUAACUGUCGGUCGUUAAUCGCGAUGGGUAUUAUAAUUAAAUUAUUACGUAACAUGAAAAUUCCUCGCUGGUCCACUGUCCUGCCUGUGCUUUUCUACUUGCUUUUCAUCACCUGUAUUCUGUUGAUAGCAUUUCCAAUCGGUACAACUAAUAAAGCAUCGAAACAAGAAAAUCAUGUUGAAGAAGGUGCUAAUCUGAAUUCCGCGAAGUAUCACAUUGAUAAAAAUGCCCUACUGGAACUAACCAAUGCGUUUGAAAAAGCUGAUACAAAUGGCGACAAACAUCUGACAAUGCAAGAGCUUGCAAAGUUCAUAAAUUUCAAAAUAAGGGACCAUAUCGACAACGCAAUACGCAACAAUCCAACAACAUUUGUUGAAAUAGACCAAAAGCCACGAGAUGGAUUAGUUAGCUGGGAUGAAUAUCAAACUUACUCUAUGAGACAAAAAGGCCUUACUGAAAAAUACGUUCAAAAAUCAUUAUUUGAUACAUCAGACCGUGAUGUGAAGGAAUCCGUCGUGCGCGAGAAAGCGCUAUGGAUGGAGGCAGCACGAACGGAUCCACUGAGCCUGACACUGGAUGAAUUCCUAUCAUUUCGUCAUCCGGAAUCCAGCACAGUGAAUCUCCUAAACCUGGUAGAUGAAAUUUUGCGCCAGUUCGAUCUUGAUGGAGACGAUCGUUUAACGGAAAGCGAGUUCACUGAUGUUCUACCGAUCGGCGUCGCCGAUGCUAAUAACCGAAAAUUCAUUCUAUCGCGAAGUGAACGUGAACGGAAAGAAGAAUUCAACAAAAUUAUAGAUAAAAACAAAGACGGCAAAGCCGACCGUGGGGAACUUUUGUCUUAUGUGGACCCACGCCAUCCAAGGUACGCUAUUCAGGAAGCUUCCACACUGUUCAGCCUUGCUGACAAAAAUGGUGAUAGAGUACUGACGUUGCAAGAGAUUUUGUCCAAGUCAACAAUUUUCAUUUCAUCAAAAAUGAUAAAUACUGCAGAAAGUUUCCAUGAUGAAUUUUGAAGCACAGGACUCCGUUCAGCAGAAUCUUUAUUUGUGAUAAACAUGUGUUAUAUUGAUUUUUAUUAUACAAAUAAAUUCGCGCAAAACAAGAA